CGAAAAAUGGCGGACUGUCUUGCAGAUUUUGAAAGUGUAUAAAGUGCUUCUUUAAUUUGACGCUUCCAUGGCUGACGGAUUUGGUGCAAUUACGUGGUGGGGAUUUAGCCCAGCUCUUGAUCUGCAGGACAGAUAUCAGUGUAAGUUAUGCUCCAGCUGAUAAUCAUACGAAUAAGGUUAUCUCUUCUGCCUGGUUCCUGUUUAUUUCUUACAAAUACGAUUGGAGAAUUAACUUUAAAAAACUUGAUAAUGAGGACCAACAGAAUUUUGUUUACUACACCAGGUCAGCUUGAUACAUGAUCUUGAGCGGUCAAACUCGGAAAGAAAGAAAGGUUAUUCUUUGUCAACUUGGUUCUGUUUUCAGGGUUGUCAAGGGGAAAAAAUGGUGACAGUUUCUGUCCGUAGUUAAUUCUAUUUAUAUUUUUCUAUCCCACAGCUUUAGCUUCCAAGAUUAAAAAUUUGAACAUCUCAGAGUCACAUGGUGCCAACAAACGAGGUAAGUAGCAGUCUACGUUCAGGAGGCAUGAUGGAACUAGUUGUUUGGAAUCUGUCGUUGUUAUUCAGCACUUUAUUUUAAAAUGAUUUCAACGAUGCAUUUUAAAUUCUCAUUAUUCAUUGUUAUUGUUGUUGUUUCUUUUUCUUAACCUUAACAUUAGUGUUCACAUUCUCUGCACUGAUCUCUCGACAUCUUUAUGGUACUGGCAAGGAGAAUUUUUCUAACAAUCAGGAGCUUCCUAAAUUGGUGAUUGUUUCCUUAAUUCUCUGGACCUUUAUGUUUGAUUUAAGGAUGAUAAUGUGAGGAGAAAUAAGAUGUCAGUCACCCCAAGGGGUUAAAGGGCUUAACCCUGCCAGAAGCGGUUAACACACAAGGUCACCUUAGUUAUUAAUUUCUCCAAAGUUUUGAUUUUUUUUUUGCCAGGAAAAUGUAAUAUCCUUCUGAUAGGAGCAGGUGAUUGUCGACACAUUCUAAAGACCAUUGCACAUACCUACAGACAUGAGAGGAGAGAACUUUGUGUGAGUUUGAUAAAUGAUUUCUUCCAUGUUUUGAUCACAGAGAGAUAUUUCAUUAUCUGCUUGUAAUUUCAUCCACAACUUAACUUUUGUGCUUGCAUUUCAAGCAUGAAAAUCCUUUGAAGUUCAACAUCCUAACCUCUUUCUAUACCAAUUGUUUUACUCAACAGAUCUGUGUUGUUGAGAAUAAUCUUGAGAUUUAUGCAAGACAUCUUUUGCUUUUGUCCAUUGCACUGGAACCAAAAGAAAGACUUGGCUUGCAAGGUGAGCUGUGGAUCACAAUUUUGUUACAAUAUACAGUAGCCUGUUCUGAGCCCUUGGCUGUUGUGAUAACUUAAAAGUUGACUGAUGUGGAAAAAUGUGAAAUAGAGGAGACUGAGCUGGGGAUUGAAUUCUUCUGUCAUGUUAGACUUGCCUGUUCUCAUUUUCGUUUGUUUUUCUGAUGGUUAUUGAUUAAAGUUGUGUCUGAAUAGACAAAAAUCUGUGACCUGUUACCUAUUGUUUUACAUUCAAUACUGUUACUCAUAAUUCAAAGUUUGAAAAUGAAAUAAAAAGAGAUUUUCAACAUUGACACUUCAUGAGUUCUUCAAGAAGACUUCAUAGAUGCUGAGAUCAGAACAAAUCUUUUGAGCCCCUCAAUUUUCAACCAGGUACCAUUAAGUUCUCUUCAAGGUUGAUCAGAAAGGUACAUUUAGUAAAAGAGUGUUUUUUCAUGUACAGUUUUUGGAACUUCUGUAGUUGCAAAGUGAUAACUUACUCUGUGGGAUGGUAUAUAUUGAGGCACUGAAAUGCAGUUUUUUUUACCUUCUAUUCAACUUAUUGGUAGAAAUAUUUAUAUCCUUUUAAAGACUGUAACAAUUUCCUUUUAUUUUAGAAAAGACAGAGUUGUUUCUUGAGCUGUUUGGGAACAGUCUUGUGAGACCACAAGCCAGUGAGUACUUGCAGCAAAAGUCAUCUGAAUUUAUCAGGUUACUAUACUUUGCUUUGUUGGAUCAUAAUAAUGAUUUAAAUUCCCUUGAAAUUAACUGAAAAGAAGAAAUAGAAAAAACCUUAAAAUAUUUGCAUAAUAUAAUUAAAAGAAGAGUAACAACAAAAUCAUACAAUGACAUUGUGUUAGAGUUGUAAGCUGUUGGGUUUUACCGUAUUUCUUUUCUUCCAGGAUGGUCACGGAUUCUGAUUACCUUGAAGCUCACCUUCCAGUGUUCAACUUUUCACAGCUGAAGGUUGCUAUCAAAAUAAUUUUAUUCUAUCUUAAGACUGUGAUCAUUUGAGUCGCUGUAUGACAAUACUGUAGACCCAAAAAGUGGUACUUUUCUCCUGUUAAAUGUGGCUCUCUCGUAUGCCACUAAACUUCCCACAAUACCUCUGUUUUGGUGUUUCAUGGCAGCCAACUUACUAUUGCUGGUGGCCAGAAGAGAAAAAUUUCAGCCUAUGACCAACAUUAUGAGCACAGUCCACACCUGAUAUGACUCAGAGUAACUGAGACAAACCACAAUCAAAUUUGCUGGGUUUAUGGCAGAUUUUUGGUGAGAUGCAUCUGUAUGGUGCUCAAAGCUCCUUUGCAUUUUUUGUUCUCCUUACAUUUAACAGUGAGGAAUUUUUUGUUCCUUUGUCGUUUGUUUGCAGAGGAUUGUGUGCUCUUUAUUUGGAUAGAUUUGAUGAGAGUUACUUGCACUUUCAGAGAGAAAUAAUUUUCCAGACUCUACUGAGAGGAAUUUUUUAUAUUUUGGGCUUGGGAAAUUUAUUGGUGUUAAUAUUUUACUGUUAAUUUAUCUGCUGCAAGAUUUUCUACUUUAUUAAAUGCAGAAUGGUUACCUAAGUUAAAAAAUCACUCUUAAGUCACUAACUAGUAAAAAUAUAUGUGGUUGUAAUGUAAAACAUUCGUAUUAAAACUAUUUCUGAUUAUGUUUAUUAGUUUAAAGAAAGAGAUCAGCUGGAGAGCAUAUUUAAAUUCUGGAGAAAUUCAGAUCCCAAAAUAUUUGACAUCUGCAGACACUGGUAGGGUUUUGGCUGCAAUUUCUUUUACAUUUUUACUCUUUGAUUUAGGGUGAAAUAUUGAAUGAAAAAAACCUGCACAGCAUCUGCUUUUGCAUAAUUGCUGAUAAAUUUUCAAUUGCUUUUGCUCCCUUUUCUCUUUGCUAGGCUUAUGACAAAAAGAAUAACAGCUCUCCAUAUUUGAUGACCUAAACCAUCUUUCUUAUCCUGUUUUCUUAAAAUGUUUUUGAAAUUGCGUAUCCUAGCAGUAAAAAAAGGAAAAUCAUUUUUUCGAAGAAGAGGAUGUGAUUGGCUCAUGUUGGAAAAAUUACGUGUGUUAUGCAUGAAUACAAAAGGAUUUAUCAAAGGAUAGGAGAAGGAAGAGAAAAUUGUCCUUUGGAAAUAUUUGAGAAUAUUUCAAUAUGUCAUGUGCUUGGCAAAUGUGAACCUAGAAAAUUACCUACUUUGCCAAAAAACUCUCUGUCGUUAAUGUAGUGGUUGAGUAUAGGACCCUGAAGUUGGAAGGUUUAAGAUCUCUAAGACAUUUUUCUGUUGAGUCAUCAAAGGUUGUGUCUCAUUGAAAUAUAAAACUGAAAACAGAUCUUAUCUUAUCAUUCAACAGAAAUGACAGUCAUAACUCACUGAAAACAAAAGUUUUGCCAUCCUCUGGAUAAUUUCAAUAGUACUUUCUCUCACAGCAUUUUAUGAUGAUCUGAUGUUAUUUAAUGAUGUUUUUGUGUAGGGAUGAGAGGUUGAGGCAGUACCUUGCUGUUCGCUAUGACUCUGGGGAGAAUGUUUAUGACUGGGACUACAGUAUGAAAUUGUCCAAAAAGGUAAAUUGAGUGACAUUGCUGGCUGGGACAAUUUAGUGGUUACUACUUUCACUGCACAAUUCCUCUUUCCAUGAGAGGAAAGUGUGUUUGGCUCGACUGUGCGAUUCAUUGGUGCCAUUGGCUUAAUACCUGGAUGUGUCGAAUUUUCAGAAGUGCCUUUGAGGCUAAAACUGAUGUCGCUAACUUUUGAGGCAUUUUCUGCGUCAAGCAAAAUUGCCUUGACUUUGUUUUUCUCGUAAUUGGUCCAGACAACUUGCGCCAUUCUCGCAACCAAUCAGAUUCAAAACUUAAAACCGAUCGCAGCUAAGUCAAUUGCAUUUUCCCGCGUUUCAGACAACUUGCUUGUUUCUUCUCUGAGUUCUCAUUGGUACACGUGGUAUGGAACUUUUAAUGGAACCAUAAACAAGAUAAUCACUCACCAGAAAAAAUUUUAAAAUUUACCUGGCCCAAUUGGAACUCAAAGUAAAAACAAGUUUACUCCUCGGGAAAGGGAAAGGGGAAUUCAUAAUUUGUCAAGUAAGCGAGUCAUCUAAAUAUAUUGCUUCUUUUAUAUCGCUUUUAGGCAUCAAUCAUCAAUAGUCGUGAGUACAAGAGUUGGCGGGAACAGGGUGUAGCGUUUGAGUUACGAAGUGACUCCACUUAUGAAGUUACCAACAGGACUUUGGCUUCUGGUAUCAUCAUUAAAAAGGUAUUUAAAAAAGUGGAACACGAGCCAUAUAUUUUGACGUCUUCUGUCAUGAAACCAUUUGUUAAACAGACCCACAGCAACAUAGAGUCGGUUUUCUUUAUAUGAUAAAAUGGUAAGUGUUGUUAAUAGUGACGUCAUCCAAGCGUCUUACCUCCAAUAGUCAUGAAUAAUAACCAAUGAAAAUGUGUGUAUAAUUCAUGGUAAUUUAAAAAAGCACUUUUAAUUCAACUAAUUUAUUCUUGUUUUCUCAUCACUAUAUUCCCACCAAUAACAUAGUUCCAUUUUAUGCGCCAAAAAAAACCCACACACAACCCACAAUUCCUCUAAUCGCUCUGACGAAGGGCUAACGCUCGAAACGCCAGCCUUUAAACUCUUUACGGUGUCAAUUUACGUUUUCAACUCAGUUGUUAACACUAAAUUACUUGUUAUACUCUCCCACCGACGCAGCACCACAAUUUCUUUAGAAACUACCCCCUUUAUUCAUUUGUGUAUAAUUCAGCUUAUUAUAUAUAAAAUGCUACUUUCUUUCUUCAUGUGUCAGGAUGGAGAGAGAGUUGCUCGCAGAGGCUACUGGGGAGAUAUAAUCAACAGUCCAUAUUUAGCUUUUGGUACUGAAAGUGAAGAGGAAUUUCUUUUUCAAACGUCGAAUGGACAGUAUGUUAGAGUAAGUGAACUUCUUGGGUAGCUUACAUUUAUGUGCCCAUUUUACAUGGCUUUACAGAGACGUUUUCUCAGAUUUUCAUGAAAUCCUGAGGUCAUGGAAUCGGGACCUGAAAUCUACCCACAGGACCUUUCGGGGUUGUCGCGCAGACAUUUUUGAGACCCGGUAAACAGCCGAAGGUUGAGAAUUCUUUUCUCGGUCAGUUUAGUUGAAGACGCUAAAAUCUAUGUAGAUGAAUGUUUGAUUUUUAAACGCGUUAGUUGAAGUUUCCUCGUACUUUGAUUCAUUUACCGCGUGUCAAAAACGUCUGUGUUCCACAAUAUCAAUUGUAGAGUGUGACCCUUCGGCUUGUAACGGUCAGGCGAUGAAGUUGAAUGGUUACGUAUCGAUAGAAAACGUUUCAACUGAGUGUCGUAAAACCAAACCUGAAGUAAUUACAACGGUCUAAGACAGAUUUCGCAAAACAAGGUCACUGCCUAAAGCGUGGGAAAACGUGGGUGACCAAGUCGCGAUUGGCUUUAGUUUGCAUCUGAUUGGUUAGUGGGUGGUGCGAGUUUUCCUAACUAAUCACAGAGCGAAGUAGAUUAAAACUAGUAUAAUACCAGAUUACUUUAGGCACUCAGAUUAAAGUUACUUGAUCUUACCGCACCUUGGUUUGCUCGAUAUGAUUUAAUGCACCGUCAUUGUUGCAUUGCCAUCUUCAUAAACGUGGCUAAUAGCCAGUCAGACCUUCGGAUUUCGUAUCCUGUCGCCCUACCACUGAGAUUAGAGAACUUGAUGGUGACUUCAGACAUGAACUGCAUCAUAUGCGACAAGCUUUCUGGAUCCUGCAACGAAUAGCAAUCUGGAAAGCGUUGAGUAUGAAAAAAUUAGAGGCAAAUUUUCCCAAAUUUUGACCUAUGUGAUGACCCGAAAAGACCCAUACUUUGGGAAACUCGGCAUGCUAUGUUUUCUAACUGUUUUGUUUUUGUAUCAGACAGCAACAAACGUCUCUGAAUACAACAUCACGGCUCUCAUGCAUGAAAUAUUAACAGGAGAAAAAUAUAUCCCGCCAAAAAUUGAGGAUGAAAAGGAAAGAAAGAAAGAGAUGGCUACUUUACAGGAAAUUAGGGAAGAUGAGAUUGAAUCGGAUCAAAUGGGAAAUACGAAAGACGGAGAUACGCCAAAAGAAACUGUACAUGCGACGCAAGGUGAAUUACAGGACUUCCUAUUACAGACCUCCUGUUCUUUUUGUUUUGGUUGUUUCGAGUUAGAAUACUCCCCGGGCGUUUCGCAAAAACCCUGCUAAGCUACUGGUGACGAGCGCAAAAGGCAAGGGAUCACUGCUCCUGACUCAGUCGGGAACAGUAGUCCAGUUGACUAGGAACUCGGAAUGAUUGUAUUUUGUGAUGGAGGGAAGGAAAACUGAAGGAUUCAGAGAAAAAACUUCGACUGAGCAGGAAUGCAAAACAGAUAACAGACUCAACCUCCAUGUGAGCCAGGUUCGCAAAUCGAACCAAAGCAAAAGCGUUGAGAGGCAAGGGCUAUAUUCUGCACCAGUCCUGCUCUCCUAUAAAACUCUGUAACUUAUAUUUCUUCCCAUUUUACAGGGUACAUGGAGUGUCCUGAUGUCAAAGUCACUUUUCUGCCGCUGAAUUGUGUUCCGGAUCUCUCUAAGAAAAGCAAAUACAAUAAGCUAUUUGACGUCAUUUAUUUUUCAAACAGGUAUGUGAUCACGGGAUUAACUAAGAGUCACGUUUCAAUAUUAUGGGCUAAUUUUCACGCCAUAAAAAAUAUUUUAAACUUGUAAAAUACUUUUAAAUAUUGGCCCCGUGUGUGAGAGAUAAACGUAGGAUAGACGAAAAUGAACCAAGGAAGAAUGUAGAAUUUCAGGAUUGGAGAAGAUUGAAGUGGAUUGUUAUUAACAGAUUUGAAACUCUAGCCAAAAUAUCAUUUCAACGUUCUGAAACUGCGACGUGGCUCUUGUAAGUAACAAGUGCGCCAUCUUGUAUGGUUACGCAUACUCUGAUAAGUUAGUGUGUGUAUUUUUACUUUCAGUAUGGUACACUUACUGACACCAGAGGUGAAAGAGAUUUUUUCUGACGAAGCUGUUAUUAUCGCUGAAACAACCAAGUAAGUAUGUUACAUCAAAAGUUUUAUAGUUAUGAGUGACUUCAAUGUAUUAGAAGUAAUGCUGUGUACCUUCCGUGUGCUUGUAGGUUCAUGUUGGAUCUUAAACCGGAACAAAUGCAGGAAUACAUGAAAAAGAUAACUUCAAUGGCUGUGAGUGCUGGAUGCAAGGUAUGUUGACAAAAUAGCAGGAAGACAAAAAGAUAAAAGACUGCAGACUCAAGGCAGACCGACGCACAGGCAGACCGACAGCCAGACAGAUAAACCUCAGACGAUGUGUGGACUGACGGACAGACAGAUCGGAAGCCAGACGUACAGCAGACUAUACAUAGACCGAAGCACAGACAGAGUUAUGCAGUCAGUUAGACAUACAUACUUAAGGAAGAACAACAUUCAACAGACCUUGGGUAAACGGACAGACAGACAGACACUCGAUCUGUGCAAGGUGGACGGACACAUAGACAGAGAGACAUAUAACAAACUCCAUGCAGACAGAAAGAAUCGCAUAGGUCAGAGUCUAGAAAAGCUACCAAACACAUACAUGGGUCAAACUCUACGCAGACUAACAGACAUAUGCGCGAAAAACACAAAGCAGUUAGAUAGACAGACCUACGCCAGACUCUUGGCAGACAGACAGGUGCAAUUUUAUCACUUGAUUAGAAAGUCAUCUUCCAUUUCAAGAUACAAAUAGUAUUCACUGUCUCCCAUCCCCUCUCACGCCAAUUCCUCGUAUCGCGAGGAGCUCUAGCUUGCUUAGUUUCCUCCCAGAGUACCACUCGAGUGAGAGUUUCAUACUUGCGUGACAAGAGACUUUUCUGCGCGUGUUUAUGUUUUUCAUUUCAUUACAGGCGGUAGACCACGCUGAUGGAGAAAAAGACGCACACGCCUUCUUCACUUUUCAAAGAUAACCUUCACCGACUGAAGUCUUCUUGAUUUAGAGACUUACCUAACUGGGCUCACGUUACACAACAUACUUUUUGUAAUAUUUGUUACAGCCUCCGGCUAGAGCUCUGAACGGGUCUGGCACUGAUAACCUCAUUUUUAGCGUUAGACCUCCACCACACCUCUUCCCGAGACCCUCACGCGUCUCAGAUCUUCCUGCUGGCGGAGAAACGCAUGUCCUGCAGCACGCAGGCUUGUUUUAAAGAGACUUGGGGCCAGAGGCCAACUGACUGCGUAAAACAGUGGUUUGGGUUAUACCUCGUGUAAAUAACUGACGCUUAGUGUUUCUGCUGUGAUACCGGAUAUUUCUAUUUAUUUCGCGGACAAGAACCGUAAUAAAAUUUGUAGAGUGUUUAUUUUUUUCCCGCAUUCAAAUUUUGCUGGACGAUAGUUUUAAGAGGGAUGAUAUUCCGCUGUCAAGUAGAAAUGCGACUAGUCAAUAGGAUCUUAAUAGUAUACUUUGUUCGCUACUUCAAAAAUGGCACUAUCGCAGAAAGCGAAAUUCACGAGUCGAUUGAAAAAGAUUUCCAGCCCGGGUAAAAAAAGGGUCUCGACUCUAGAAUCUUUCGACCUCUUGUGUCCAUUGUAUGUUCCCGCG